AGCCUCUCAAGUCUAGAAUAGAAAGUCUAAGUGGAGAAUAGAAAGUCUAAGUGGGGAAUAGAAAGUCUAAGUGUAGAAUAGAAAGUCUAAGUGGAGAAUAGAAAGUCUAAGUGGAGAAUAGAAAGUCUAAGUGUAGAAUAGAAAGUCUAAGUGGGGAAUAGGAAGUCUAAGUGUAGAAUAGAAAGUCUGUGGGGAAUAGAAAGUCUAAGUGUAGAAUAGAAAGUCUAAGUGUAGAAUAGAAAGUCUAAGUGGGGAAUAGAAAGUCUAAGUGGAGAAUAGAAAGUCUAAGUGGAGAAUAGAAAGUCUAAGUGGGGAAUAGGAAGUCUAAGUGUAGAAUAGAAAGUCUAAGUGUAGAAUAGAAAGUCUAAGUGUAGAAUAGAAAGUCUAAGUGGGGAAUAGAAAGUCUAAGUGUAGAAUAGAAAGUCUAAGUGGGGAAUAGAAAGUCUAAGUGGAGAAUGUCUAUGUUGAAUGUGGCUUCAUGUGAUGUCAUACAGAAAGAAGCCUGUUUACACAGAGUGGAGGAUUGCGCUUCUGCAAACAGAGUCUAGCUGAUGACCAACACUGGACAACAAACACAACUCAGAUUUGUCAACACUUACUUGACCUCUGACCUCAAGCAACAUCAUAGGAAGGCAGUAAGGGUCCCAGAUAAAUGAAAUCCCAUAGGGCUUUAAUCAAAGAGUAUUAAUGUAACCAUACAUUCCACAUGUGGUCUAAAGGCAACUAAACGUAUUGGACUAGCAAUUGUGUUAUGUCGUGGUUUGAAGGCAAGUUAUCAAGAUUUAUGAUGGAACUGUUUUUUGUUGUGUUCUACAAUCAUCUGACGUACAUUAGUGUGAUAUCAGCCUUGCCUAGCAUAACAUCCUCAUCUUUACUGCUAGACUGGAACACUGUGAGCAAUGUCACUUCGAUGUCACAUUCACUAUCACACAGAGAUCAAAACUUCUCAAGUAGACCUCACUCUACAAGGCAGCUCAACUUCACUGCCAUGCUGACCACACCAAAUGAAACAUCUGUAUCUAGUCACGAAACACUGGACAAUAGUAUUGAGUAUUUCUCUCAGCAGGUCAAUCCAAACUCAUUGACCAAAACACAUAAUACUAAUGAACCUGAACCUGGGUCAGCCAUUGGCUCACUGCUUAGUAAUAAAAUAGAAAUAAUGAACUCUUUAAGCAAUACAAGUCAGGGUGACAACAUACACACAGGUGUGACAAUGUCAACUGACCUCAAACUUAUGGAAGUGUCAGUAUCAUCUAACAAAAAUCUAGUGGAUGUAUCAAUGUCACAAGAUGAUCUUAAUGUAAGAGAAGAGCCAGAGUUAUCUGAAAUCAAUCUAAGAGAAGUGUUAAUGCCACAGCAGGGUAUUAAUCAACAGAGAGACUUAACUACACAUAAUACUGUAAAUAAAGAAAAUAAUAAUGUAUCAAGUUUUACUAAGUGGCCCCAAACAAAUCAAGAGAGUCAGACUGAAAGUCAAAAAAUGAAUGCUGAAGAAAUAUAUAACAGCACAAAGAACAGUCUCAAUACACUCAAAACUGUACCUUCUGCUUCAGAUGGCAUACACAAGGAAAAUGCUACCUUACAAAAUGAAAGACAUAUAUUUGAACAGAAUAUAGAUUUUCAAACAGCUGUUAAACUCCAUACAACACCACAAACAGCUGUUAAGCUCCAGUCAACACCUCAAACAACAGUUAAGCUCCACUCAACACCUAAUUCAAAAGCCAACAAAGCAAACAGACCAGAAAAUACUUUCACACGAUUGAAGCCAUAUGCUAAUGCAAAAGGACUUGAAAAGACACAAGUAGCUACUCUAAAUGAUGUGGAUAAUAACUGGAACUCCACUCAACUGACCAUCACAUUGCAAAGCUACAAGGAUUCUGUUACAGCUUACUGGACAUAUGAGUCUAACAAUACUCAAGUAACUGGCUUUCUAGUGACAUAUCGCAUUAAUAAAAGAGAACACUUUGAUUCUUCCAAAUUAGGUAAAUAUGUCCGAGCCUUCACUCUGCACUCACUGCAUGAAGAUGAAGACUAUGUUAUAUGUGUUCAUGCCAUGGUCAAUGCAACAGCUGUUAAAGAGGCCUGUGCUCACUGGAAUGAAAAUUCUAUGAAAAUACUUGUAGGUAUAAUGGCUGGAAUACUAUUUUUGGUCCCAUGUAUAGUGGUUGUUAUCUUAAUUCUAGUCAAGGAUAGACAAGUCAGAAAGAAGUGUGGCCAACUGAACAAGCAAACAACACAAGAACAAAAGUUGAUAGGAUUUCAAAUGAAGCACCAUGAUGGUCAAGUGAAAUCAACCAAUGAACAUGCUUGUGUAUGUGUAAUGAAGUCAUGUCCAGAAGGUCACAUUGAUUCAGAAGAUGAGCUAUGGAAACAACAAACAUAAGUAGGUCAAGGUCUUGUUACUCAGGACACUUAAUUAUUUAAAAAAAAACUUUUCAAAAGGAUGUCAAGUAAUCUACCUGACCAAUAAACAUCAAAACGAUAGACCAUUCUAACAUUGUGUGAGUAUAGACAAUUCUACGUUGAGAGGCUAGACAAUUCUAACUGUGAUAUAGGUUCUUCUGUACAAUGCAACAGAUAUGCAAAACAGAGGAAUCAUACCUUAACAUUUGUCCAUAUCCAUGGGUAACACUCACAUUUCUAGUUACUAGUCAAUCUUCAUUUUAUCAUUUAAACACAGCAGUGCAUCAUGAUCAUUUGAUGAGAAAACCAAUAAUAUUGUAACAAUAUAAUCAAUACAUCAAACUCAACAUCAAAAUGAUUAUGCACCUAUUUCAUGGUUUAAAAUAUUCUUAAUACUAUCACUUUCGAGACAAAUUCAAAGGAAAAAAAAAGAGAAGAAGAAGAAAAUUGAGAAGAAAAGUUGUUUUUUUUUUCAUGACUUGUUCCUACGACUGUUUUGUAAAACAAAACAAGGAUUGAUGGAAAGAAUUGUUUCAGUGAUUUAUUUCUUCAAUUAUGUUCAUUUUUUUUAUUUUACUGCAACCUAUAGAAAAUAUAAUGCGUUUUGUGUACAAAUAAAAUGCUUUGUUUUGAUA